AUGUCGAUACCACACUCGGAGCAACGGCCUGGCCUACCCAGGACCGAAACCCGCGAAUCCCUUGAAAACCAGGGCAUCUCAGAAAAGGCCCCGCCAAUGGACUACAACUAUCCUGAUGUCGGUCGUGAAGAGGAUCCUGUGUUUCCUGAAGAGUACACCGUCGAGACCAGCACUGGGCUGGUCCCCGAGCGAACGCUCGAACAUAUGCGCUCUCGUACGCCCUCGCGACGCUCAUCCAGCCCAGACAGCUCAGAAGACGUCGAGAAAGCCACCGAGCCUGCUGAGUUCGUGACGUUCACCAUCAACGACCCCGAAAACCCCUUCAACUGGUCGCGCACGUACCGCUGGUACGUCACGCUCGUCGCUGCCCUACUGGUCGUCAACAUCGCCUACGGCUCCUCCAUCGUGACCGGCGGCCUCGGCCUAAUCGAAGAGAAAUACCAUGUCUCCCUCGAGGUCGCAACCCUCACCUGCUCCAUCAUGGUCUGUGGCUUCGCCGUUGGUCCACUCCUCUGGUCGCCCCUGUCGGAAAUCAUCGGCCGUCGCCCCGUCUACAUCAUCUCCCUCGCUCUCUACACCAUCUUCAACAUCCCUUGCGCCCUGUCCCCCAACAUCGGCGGCCUCCUCGUCUGCCGCUUCCUCUGCGGCGUCUUCUCCAGCUCCGGCCUCUCCCUCGCCGGCGGCACCAUCGCCGACAUCUGGAACCUCGAAGACCGCGGCAUGGCCAUUGCCUUCUUCGCAGCAGCCCCCUACUGCGGCCCUGUCAUCGGGCCCAUCGUCUGCGGCUGGAUCAACGUAGGCUCGCACCGACUGGACCUCUUCUUCUGGACCAACAUGGCCUUCGCCGGCGUCGUCAUGAUCAUCGUCGGCCUGAUCCCAGAAACCUACGCCCCCGUCAUCCUCAAGCGCCGCGCCUCCAAACUCCGCAAAGAAACCGGCAACCCCAACAUUAUCACCGAGCAAGAAAAACACAAACUCACCCUCCGCGACAUCAUCCGCACCAGUCUCAUUCGCCCCAUCACCAUGAUCGCCACCGAACCCGUCCUCGACCUCAUGUGCAUGUACAUUGUUCUCAUCUACGCCAUGCUCUACGCCUUCUUCUUCGCCUACCCGGUCAUCUUCGGUAAACUGUACAACUACAACGACGGCCAGAUCGGCCUGAUGUUCAUCCCUAUUCUCAUCGGCGCGGGAUUCUCCCUACUCUGCACUCCCGCUAUCGAAAAACACUUCCACCGCAUCUGUCUCUCGCGUCCACCUACCCCUGAAGACCGUCUUAUCGGCGCUCUCAUCGGCGCGCCUUUCAUUCCCAUCUCGCUCUUCAUCCUGGGAGCCACCUCCUUCAAACAUAUCAUCUGGGUAGGCCCUGCAUCGUCUGGAAUCGCCUUCGGCUUCGGCAUGGUACUAUGCUACUACGCCGUGAACAACUACAUUAUCGACAGUUACCAGAAGUACGCGGCAUCGGCACUAGCCGCGAAAGUGUUUCUGCGGUCUGGUGGUGGAGCUGCCUUUCCGUUGUUCAUUACCCAGAUGUACGAUCGGUUGGGAUUGCAGUGGGCGUCGUGGUUGUUGGCGUUCCUGGGGGUGGGCAUGGUGUUGAUCCCGUAUACGUUUUAUUGGUUUGGGGGGAGGAUGAGGGCUAGGUUGAAUAGGAAUUAG